UUGUGAUUUCUGCUGCCGGUUGAGGAUUUCACAAGAAGCUGGAAGAGGAGCAAACAGGACAUUUUAUUGUUUUUUCCCUUCAUACCUUCUCAGUCCUGCCAAACGUGCUGCACUCCUCCUCCUCCUCCUUCUCAUCCUCCUCCUCCUCAUCGUCGUCCCCCUCUUGAUUGGCAGCCGACCCCUGGGCUCAAGCCGCGCGGUGGCUGCUCCGGCGCGCCUCGGCUGAGAUCCUGCACCCGACAUGAGCGCACUGGGAGCCGGCGGCGGCGGCGGCGGCGAGCCUCCGUCGUCGCGGAGGACGAGUCGCGGGCGGUGGCGGACUUGGACGUGGAGCUGCUGGCUGAUGCUGGCGGGGAUGGCGACAGGCUCCGGGGACCCGUGGCUGUCCUCCGAGGCAUGCCCGCCCUCAUGCACCUGCAGCAGCACCAGGAUCUCCUGCGUGGAUCCGGAGAGGGGCAUCAACGCCUUCCCCAUCCUGCAGAGCGAGGCGGAGAUGGAGAACAUCACCGACAUCUACAUCGCCAACCAGAGCAGCUUCUCCUCCAUCAACGACAAAGACCUGCACUACUACAAGAACCUCAGAAACCUAACGGUGACCAACAGCAGGCUGACGUACGUUUCUAAGCUGGCCUUUCAAAACAACAUCAAACUGCAGUAUCUGAAUCUGAAAGAUAACAACCUGUCAUCGCUCUCCUGGACGAUAUUCAGACACCUCAACAUCUCUUACCUGAUCCUGACAGGAAACCCUCUGCACUGCUCCUGUGAGAACAUGUGGAUCAAACGGUGGUUGGGAGAAGAAGCAGACACUCAGGAUCUGCGCUGCAUUGAUGACGGAGGAGGACGCAACCUGCUGUCCCGACUCAUACUCGCUAACUGUGAGCUUCCCAUGGCGAGGCUGACCCCGUCCAGAGUGACCAAAAUGGAGGGCUCCAACGUGCAGCUGUCCUGCGUGACCUCGGGAGUGCCCUCACCGGACCAGAUCUGGAACAUGGCGCUGGUUACCAACUACGAGAUCGAGACGUCGGGUCAGACUUCCGUGUUGCGACUGUCCAACUUGUCGUCGUUGGACCAUAACAGCAGGAUCAGUUGCACGGCAGAGAACAUAGUCGGCGAGCAGGAGUCCUCCAUAGUGUUGGACAUUCUAUUCCCUCCAAAUAUCACCAAGCUGAGUGACGCCAUCCCCGACCACCACUGGUGUAUUCCUUUUAGCGUCGCAGGCAACCCGGAACCUGAGAUCCAGUGGUUUCAUAAUGACAAGGCAGUGACUGAGAACAAGUUCAUCAAGACCCGGAUCCACGACGUCACCGAGCGAGAGUAUCACGGUUGUCUGCAGCUGGACAGUCCCACGCACCUCAACAACGGCCUCUACACGCUUGUGGCCAAAAACAAAUACGGAACGGACCAGAAGCGCCUAGAGGCCCACUUCAUGCGCAGACCCUGGGACGGUGAGGAGUCACUCUUUACAGGAACGGAGAAAGAAUCCUACUACUACGACUCCCCCAUAGAUGGGCCGACUGCAGACCCACCGGAGGACACAGUCGCUGUGUACGUUGUGGUGGGCAUUGCUGCCGUCGCUUUCUCCGGUAUCCUGCUCAUGUUGGUGAUCCUCAAGUUUGGCGGGAACUCCAAGUUCGGCAUCAAAGGACCGUCCUCAGUCAUCAGUAACGAUGACGACUCGGCCUCCCCUCUCCAUCACGUCUCCAACGGCAGCAACACGCCCUCUUCCUCCGACCUGGGCCCCGACGCCGUCAUCAUCGGCAUGACCAAGAUCCCCGUGAUUGAGAACCCGCAGUACUUCAGGAGCUCCAACAGCCUGCUGAAGACGGAUACUUUUGUCCAGCACAUCAAGAGACACAACAUUGUGCUCAAGAGGGAGCUGGGAGAAGGUGCCUUUGGAAAAGUCUUCCUUGCCGAAUGCUACAACCUGUCACCUGACCAGGAGAAGAUACUAGUGGCCGUCAAGACGCUGAAAGAGGCCAGCGAAAACGCCCGGAAGGACUUCCACCGCGAGGCCGAGCUGCUGACCAACCUUCAGCAUGAGCACAUCGUCACCUUCUACGGCGUUUGUGUGGAGAGCGACCCGCUCAUAAUGGUGUUUGAGUACAUGAAACACGGAGACCUCAACAAGUUCCUCAGGGCUCACGGUCCAGAUGCAGUUCUCAUGUCGGAUGGCCAGACCACCAGACCUGUGGAGCUGACUCAGUCGCAGAUGCUGCACAUCGCUCAGCAGAUCGCAUCCGGAAUGGUCUACUUGGCAUCACAGCACUUUGUGCACCGCGACCUGGCCACCAGAAACUGCUUGGUGGGUGAGAACCUGCUGGUGAAGAUUGGAGACUUUGGCAUGUCCAGGGACGUCUACAGCACUGACUACUACAGGGUAGGUGUGGGGGGACACACCAUGCUGCCAAUCCGCUGGAUGCCCCCUGAGAGCAUCAUGUACAGAAAGUUCACCACUGAGAGUGACGUGUGGAGUCUGGGAGUGGUCCUGUGGGAAAUCUUCACCUAUGGCAAACAACCCUGGUACCAGCUCUCCAAUAAUGAGGUGAUAGAGUGCAUCACCCAGGGCAGGGUGCUGCAGCGCCCCAGGACCUGCCCCAAAGAGGUGUACGACCUGAUGCUGGGCUGCUGGCAGAGGGAGCCCCACAUGAGACUCAACAUCAAGGAAAUCCACAGCCUGCUCCUCAACCUGGCUAAAGCCUCGCCCGUCUACCUGGACAUACUGGGAUGAACACAGAGGACGUGUGUAUGUGUGUGUGUAAGGUGUGUGUGUGUGUGUGUGUGUGUGUAAGAUGUCGCUGUACAAGAAACUUUUAAAGGCAAUCGGCAAAAAAAAAAAAAAAAAAAAAAAAAUCUCCCUUCCAUUUUACCUCCUCAUAUUCUUCCCGAAGAGACUUACGAGGGGAAAAAGUUCCUUUCAACCAAGCCAUGCCUGACUUCACGACCGAACUUCAUGUUCUGUGACUCAACCCAUGGAACCCAAAAAAAAAAUUUCAACAACCAGAAUUGGCGACACGAGCGUGCUCCUUGGAGCGACAAGCUUCUCCUUGUAAAUAGGAAUCUGUGGGACGGAGGAGGGCGGGGUGGGGGUUCUGACAGAAUUUGGCUGGGUGUGGGUGUGGUGUCAAACCCCUAAUGACAAUGUGUCGACCAUGAAUUAACUUAUCUCCCCACUUACACGUACUUGCCAACGCUCCCGAUUUUCCCGGGAGACUCCCGAAUUUCAGUGCCCCUCCCGGCAACCAUUCUCCCGAAUUUCACCCGGACAACAACAUUGGGGGCACUGCCUUUAACGUCCUCUACAACCUGUCGUAACGUACGCUUUUCCUACAUACAAAGAGCGUGCCACCCCGGUUACAAAAUAUCUAGAGCUUUUAUGCACACACAAGUGAAUGCAAGGCAUACUUGGUCACCAGCCAUACAGGUCACACUGAGGGUGGCCGUAUAAACAACUUUAACACUGUUACAAAUAUGCGCCACACUGUGAACCCACACCAAACAAGAAUGACAAACACAUUUCGGGAGAACAUCCACACCGUAACACAACAUAAACAUGACAGAACAAACACCCAGAACCCCUUGCAGCACUAACUCUUCUGGGACGGUACAAUAUACACCCGCGCCCACUUCAAACCCCCCAAACAAGAAUGACAAACACAUUUCGGGAGAACAUCCGCACCGUAACACAACAUAAACACAGCAGAGCAAAUACCCAGAAUCCCUUGCAGCACUAACUCUACAAUAUACACCCCUGCUACCACCAAACCCCGGCCCCAUCUCCCAAAUUCGGAGGUCUCAAGGUUGGCAAGUAUGCACUUACAUGCGUCUAAAAUUUCCACUCCGAAAGAAACAAGGAAUAUCCUUGAUGAUUCGGGACUAGAAUUGAUUUCUUACUAUUUAUUCAAGAUUCUAGUCCCACAAAUGUGUAUUCCAAGGAUAAUCUCAUUACAUAACAGGAAGAUGAGAGGCCAGGACGGACAGGAAGGUCGGUCCAUGUGCGUGGCGGCCGUUAGUUUUUCUUUUGGAAUAGUUUACCAUAAAAAAUCCACUUUUCCCGUUUUUUUUUAUUAUCAAACCAAAAAACUGAGUAGGAUCGGUCAGUGUUUGGAGGUAUUCGUCGACUGUAUGUCUGUGAGUGACCCAUAACAACAACAAAUGAUACAGAACCUAUAAAAUGUGUCACUUUCCAUGUCCCUGGACUAGGGUUGUAUGGUAUACCGGUAUUAGUACAGUACCACGAUACUAAUGAAUCAUAUUCGGUACCAUACCGCCUUUGAAAAGUGCCGGUCCUGCCCCCCGUCCAUGCCCGUUUUGUUGUCACAGGGUGUCAUUGCUGGUUAGACGCGCAGACGAGCAUGUUCGGCAGCGCACAAUAACCGAGUACCUAUAAGCAGACACAGUGUGUAGACAGAAAAACGAACGAUAAAGGUGAAGUUAUACCACUGAAACACCCUAAGGAAGAGGUGCUUUAAGACAUGGCUAACUAGCUAGUAGCGAACGUCCAUUCGUAGUCUGCAAUGUUUUAGCUACUUCUAAAUCACUAGUCCUCACCUCCAUGGCGACAAAUAAAGUAUGUUUCUUACAAGUAUCAUCCCUGCAGGACGAGGAAUAGCUAAACAUGCUUCACUACACACCGUAGUUCACCGGGGCCAAAAUGUAAACAAACGCCAUUGGUGGAUCUACACCCGUUAUCCACUGUAAUGAUACCAGGUACAAUAGUGUAUCUCGUCAAUGCUACUAUGAUCAUGUUGAUAUUUUUUGGCAUCACAACUUCUUUCGUUUUUUUAAAAUUCACAUUAUGAUUAGGCGGUAUAGCUCGGUUGGCGGAGUGGCCAUGCCAGCAACUUGAGGGUUCCAGGUUCGAUCCCCGCUUCCGCCAUCCUAGUCACUGCCGUUGUGUCCUUGGGCAAGACACUUUUCCCACCUGGUUUAAAGUGUGACUUAGAUAUUGGGUUUCACCAUAUAAAAAAGCUUUGAGUCAGUAGAAAAAAGCGCUAUAUAAAUAUAAUUCACUUCACUCAUAAACUCAGAAAAAAUGUCCCUGUACACAUGAGGACUUUGAAUAUGACCAAUGUAUGAUCCUGCAACGACUUGGUAUCGGAUUGAUACCCAAAUUUGUGGUAUCAUCCAAAACUAAUGUAAAGUAUAAAACAACAGAAGAAGUGAUUAUUACAUUUUAACAGAAGUGUAGAUAGAACAUGUUAAAAAAGAAAGUAAGCAGAUAUUAACAGUAAAUUAUGAUUCAUUUUCUACCACUUGUCCUUAAUAAUGUUGACAAAAUAAUAUAAUGGGAAAUGACACAAUAUGUUACUGCAUAUGUCAGCAGAUGAAUUAGGAGCCUUUGUUUGCUUACUUACUAAUAAAAGACAAGUUGUCUUAUAUGUUCACUAUUUUAUUUAAGGACAAACUUGCAAUAAGAAACAUAUGUUUAAUAAGCCCUAAGAUCCUUUUGUUAAAAUAAAACCAAUAAUGAAAUUUUUAGUGGUCCCUUUUAUUUUGAAAAGUACUGAAAAGUGUCGAAAUAAUUUUAGUACCGGUACCGGUACCAAAAUAUUGGUAUCGACACAACCCUACCCUGGACAUUAAAAAAAUAGAAGGUAAUUCUUGACCACGACAAAUCGUUUAAUCUUCUGUUGUUCCGGACCACUCACAAGCGAGGAGCCGGAAAACUCACUGCGCAUGUGCAAUCCAGAGAGGAGUUUCCCACUCCUUGUUUUAAUUCCUAUUCUCGAUUUUCAAACUCAUUAAUAAAUGUGGAUAACGGAUGAAGUUCUGUUUUUCUUUUUUUUUUUUUUUUUUAACUAUCAAACCAAAAAAACAGGGAAAGUGGAUUUUUUUCUGUUAAACCAUUUUUCUGCACAGACGAAGAUGAACCUGAGACUCAGAGCUCACCUUUUUAUUCCAGCUGACCGAUUCUUCACAUAUUAGCGUGUGAAAAUAGUCCAUCGGGCAGCUGAAACACUCUAAAGGGAAAAUAAUCGCGCUAACUUUUACGUCCUAUAGGGAACCCGGCUCCUUGUUACUGAGCAGCAGUCUGUGCUCUUGCUAUGUACAAUAACCAGUGUUGCAGAUGGUAAAUGAUGUUUUUGGAGGAAAUUUAUCGGACCUUGCUCAGGACCAUCUGCCACAGCAAAACAUCACCAGAGACUGUUUAUAAUAUAGCUUUUUAAUGCAGCUUGACCUUUAUAUCAAAUAACAGCGUUGGAAAAAGUAAACCGCAACUGGCAAAACAGCGCCCCAUAUUGGCUGCGAAGAGACACGUUAGAAAGUGGAAGUAUAAAAUCCAUCCAUCCAUCUUCUUCCGCUUAUCCGAGGUCGGGUCGCGGGGGCAGCAGCCUAAGCAGGGAAACCCAGACUUCCCUCUCCCCAGCUACUUCGUCCAGCUCCUCCCGGGGGAUCCUUAGGCGGUCCCAGGCCAGCCGGGAGACAUAGUCUUCCCAACGUCUCCUGGGUCUUCUCUGUGGCCUCCUACCGGUCGGACGUGCCCUAAACACCUCCCUAGGGAGGCUUCAGGUGGCAUCUUGACCACCUCAUCUGGCUCUUCCCGAUGUGGAGGAUCAGCGGCUUUACUUUGAGCUCUUUCUGAAUGGCAGAGCUUCUCACCCUAUCUCUAAGGGAGAGACCCACUAGUUCAUUUCAGCCGCUUUUACCUGUGAUCUUGUCCUUUCGGUCAUAAUCCAAAGCUCAUGACCAUAGGUGAGAAUAAGAACGUAGAUCGACCGGUAAAUUGAGUGCUUUGCCUUUUGGCUCAGCUCCUUCUUCACCACAACGGAUCGGUACAGCGUCCGCUUUACUGAAGACGCCACACCGAUCCGCCUGUCGACCUCACAAUCCACUCUUCCCUCACUUGUGAACAAGACUCCGAGGUUUUUUUGAUUGAUUGAUUGAUUGAUACUUUUAUUAGUAGAUUGCACAGUACAGUACAUAUUCCGUACAAUUGACCACUAAAUGGUAACACCCGAAUAAGUUUUUCAACUUGUUUAAGUCGGGGUCCACGUUAAUCAAUUCAUGGUACUUGAACUCCUCCACUUGGGGCAGGAACUCCUCUCCAACCAUGGACUCUGACUUGGAAAUGAUCGUACAAAUACGAUAAUUAUCGUACGGCUGGCAACGCAGACGGAAACAAUGUGUUUUCACAAACUUCGGUAGCACGGUGGACAGGGGUUAGUGCAUGUGCUUCACAAUACAAAGGUCCUGAGUAGUCCUGAGUUCAAUCCCGGGCUCGGGAUCUUUCUGUGUGUAGUUUGCAUGUUCUCUCCGUGACUGCAUGGGUUCCUCCCACCUCCAAAGACAUGCACCUUGGGAUAGGUUGAUUGGUAACACAAAAUGGGCCCUAAGUGUGUGAAUGUUGUCUGUUUAUCUGUAUUGGCCCUGCGAUGAGGUGGCGACUUGUCCGGGGUGUACACCGCCUUCCGCCCGAAUGCAGCUGAGAUAGGCUCCAGCAACCCCCCGCCACCCCAAACAGGAAAAGCGAUAGAAAAUGGAUGGAUGGAUGCUUUGCACAACCGAUUUUGCUCUUUACCCGUUGCGACCUUUAUGGUAAACUAUUUAGGCAUCGAACUUGAAUAGAUUCCCACCCUCUCUUUUAUUCCCAUCUCUUGAAGAAGUAUCAACGAAAGCAUUUAUCUAAAAGUCCUACACUAAAAUUGUAUUUACAAAAAAAAUAUCUUAAAUAUGAAGAAGAAGAGGAACCUGAGAUACUCUCCAGGAUCCUUGAAAUUGUAGCAUGAAAAGAAAUGUAGUUACAUGAAGUCAGGCAGCUAAAAAACCCUUUGGCAAUAAUCAAGUUAAGGGCAUGUAAACGUGUUGAAUAAAUCGCUAACUUUUCUAUCCAUAAUAACAAGUGCUACUGUUUUUUACUUCAAAUUCUGCUGUUUACCUUCUAUUCGGAUCUUUUCGGCAGCCCGUUGAAGCAGCAAACUAAUCGCUCGUAAAUCAACUACACUGCACUUUCCUCUAUUUCCACAUUAUGGACAUUUGACUACAUUUUCCUCAGGACAAUCUCACAAUGUAAAGUAAAAAAAUCCUACUUUAAAAUGCUCCACAAACCACAUUUACUCCUACUUUUUCCAGUGGAACCUCGUUUUACUAACUAACGGUAUAUAUUUCAGACCAUAGGGCGCACCGGACUGUAAGGCGCAAUGCCGAUGAGGUCUUUUUUCAUACAAAAGGCUAACCGGAUUAUAAGGUGCAUUAAAGUGGUCACCUUAUUAUUUUUUUUUUUCUACAUUUAAAACACUUCCUUGUGGUCCACAUAGGGAUAGGAUAGGAUCGGUCUUUAUUCCCAUUGCACAAGUACAACGAAACCCUGUUUUCAGCACAAAUAGUGUACAGGGUUACAGAACAGGAACGCUGAUGGGUCGCCACAAGGUGCCCCGUAAAAGGUGGGAAAAAGGUAAAACGCUGGGGAAGAAGAUGAGUAAAAAAAAACAAUCUAGACUGGGCUCCUAAGGGGGCCCAGUCUGGAGUGGGAAAAAACCUUGGGAGUUGGGGCCCUGGAGGUCAACUGCUGCUAUGAAGCGCUGCCAUCACCUCGAAGAGGAAUCAAGCGGUGGUGAAGGCGUGAGGUGGGGAAGGGAGGUUGUGUGUGUAAAUGCCCAUCGUCUUGGAUGUGUUGAUGUAGUGUCUAUAGGCCUGGGCAUUCAUGCAAGCAAAAUUUCAACUCCAGGUGUCGUUGAGGAGGGAGGGAGGUUAAAAAAAAGUAGACAAGACAAAACAAAGAGAGCAAGCAGGGAGAAGAAGGGAGCGGAAAAAAAUGCGACCGACCUCACCAGAGGCAAGACAGAAAGACAUGUUAUGGUGGUUCUUUGGUCAAAAUGUUGCAUAGAUUAUGUUGUACAGACCAUCUUCAAGCCGCUUUCUGACCGUCUUUUCAGGAUGUGUCUUAUUUACGUGGCUCACCUUCGACAGCGUCCUCUCUCAGUCAUCUUUGUUCUGUCAGUAGUGACAGGAUGAAUGCCCCACAACAAGAGGAUAGAGAAAAAGGAGUUUAUUGACGGACGCACGCAAACGAUACCGGAUUUAUGCAGAUCCCAAAUAAACAUCAGCAGGCAGCAAUAGGUAAGAAAAGUUGGUUUGGCGUAAUAGGGCGAAACAAAACGCCAGAUAACACACUUCCUAAUAGGUACCAUUUUGGGGUCCUUAUACACACACCAUAAUAAUACCCGUAUGUUGAAGCACAGUACGUCUGACUAUGGUAGCCGUAAUGCGCUGUGUUCCAUCAAGCGGUUUACCGAAGUCGUACUUAAACAGUUUGACAGUGUCGUGUGAAAUGUUCUAUAUCGUCAAUGAAACAUCAGAGAUUCAGUGUUGCUUGAUUACAGGUACUUACUAGCACUAUUUAUUGAACAGACAUCAACUUGCAGUCCGCAUUUACCUCUUAUUGGUGGCUACCAUCAACUGGUCACACUUUUUACACUGCGUACCAAAUAUAUUUGCUUCGAGCUUGGUAAGCACAAACAGAAUUAUUCCGCACCGGGGUUACCGGCGAAUUGUUGACUUUUGAGAAAAAUUUAAUUUUAAAAAGUCCGCCUUCCAGUCCAAAAAAUACUGUAAUUGGUUAUUGAGCAGGGUUUGUUUAUUGAGGAGCAUUUAACAUGAAGACUAGGUUCCACUCUUGAGCAUAUCCAUAUUUUAGUAAAGGUUUGUACACUUUGAACACAAUAUAAAGCUCUAUGCAUACAGUAUUCUAUAUCAAACAAACAUAGCAAGAGUUUAGAUCAACAUAGGCAAGACAAUUUAUUACCCGCCGAAACAAACACACACACACACACACUGUCGCUAGCCCUGUGGUGCACUGACGGGUUGAAAUCACAAAACUCCUAAUUUUUAACAGACAGGUCGCUCUAAUGCUUAGGAAUAAAAAAUUAAAUCCACUUUUCCUUGGUGGUUAAUCUGUUUGGCAUGCAGCGGAAAGGAGGUUGAGGUUGAGGCAGUGUCGACAACGCUGUGGAUACUUCCUGGAUGUUUCAAACCACAUUAUUGCUUGGACUUAUACUGAGCUAGAAAAACUUUUUUUUUAAAGCACAAACAGUAGCUAACAGCGACACAAUGUUCGAUCAGACCGCCCUACAAUGGAUGUGCUGCCGGACACAAAAUGGUGGAUGAAAUGUUUGUACGCUGACACAAGAUUUGUUCAGCAAAGCAUAUUUCUAGUCAAUCCGUGGUUUGUAAAUCGAAAUGUCUGUUUAAUGAGGGGUUUGUAAAUCAAGGUUCCACUGUAUUUUAAUCUUGGCAGCCCGUUUAGGCAACUUGACUGGACUACACUUUUCUCUAUUUCUAUUUUGUCAAGAAAUAGGCAUUUGACACCUCAAUCAAAGAGGUGUUUCUCCUAAAUAUAUUUUCAAUGGGAUAAGAGCAAAUCUCGGAAUAUUCUGGACGCCGGUUUCCAUGCCAGUGUUAUGAUGCGCAGAAUAAUGAUGCUCGAAGAAGUUGUAGCUCAACGUCCCGUAAAAGUGUUGUUGCAACUGACUCGACGGUGCCUCUGCUGUUUGCAGCAAAGCGUUGCGCUCUAUUUUCCCUUAGUGGGUUUCACAACAUUGGGCGGGCCUUUUUCCACCAAAGGUUCAGAAACAAAAAAAGUUUGUGGAACCACUGGUUCCUGUAAAAGUGUGAGGUUUGUGUUUCCAUCGCAUUUCACAGUUCAGGAUCAAUCAAUCAAGUAAUGUUUAUUUAUAUAACCCUAAAUGACAAGUAUCUCAAAGGGCUGCACAAACCACAACGACAUCCCCGGUUCAUAUCCCACACAAGGGCAAGGAAAAUCUCACAACCCAGUGGGAUGUCAAUGUGAAUGACUAUGAGAAACCUUGGAGAGGACCGCAGAUGAGGGUGAUCCUCGCAACCCCUCUAGGGGAGACCGGAUACAAUGGACGUCGAGUGGGUCUAGCAUAAUAUUGUGAAAGUCCAGUCCAUAGUGGAUCUAACAUAAUAGUGAGAGUCCAGUCCAUAGUGGGGCCAGCAGGAGACCAUCCCGAGCGGAGACGGGUCAGCAGCGUAGAGAUGUCCCCAACCGAUGCACACGCGAGCGGUCCACUCCUGGUCCGGACUCUGGACAGCUAGCAGUUCAUCCAUGGCCCCUCUCUCCCUCCCCCUCUCCACAAGGGAGAGGGGGGCAGAGCAGAAAAGAAAUGAAACGGCAGAUCAACUGGUCUAAAAAGGGGGUAGUUCAUACAAAUCAGGCUGAUGAUGUAUGGAGGAGUGGUUUCGUAUAUUCCUGCACAAUUACCAUGUAAAUAAACACACAUUAUUAGGUUAUUUUUUUCCAUAAAGUAAGUAAAUAAAAUACAAAGCAAUAAUAUACAAAACAAUAUGAUUUAGAAAAUAAAGCGUACCGAAUUGUUCAUAAAAAGUUGGGCUUUUGGUCCGCAAUGUCCAACAGUCAGAAAGUCGUCCUUUUGAUAAAUUAUGUAUUCAUGAGUGUCAGGCGGUGGCCCAUUUCAGCUGUAAAAAACAAUAUAUAAAUAAUAAAUCUCAGUGUUUAUCUCACGCUGACAACACAAACAAAUUAGCUUGCUAGCAUUAGCAUUCUGUUCAUUCUGGUCAGAGGCUAAUAUCCACACAAAUGGAGUGUCACUGACUACUUUUACAACAUAUAACAAAAUAAAUAGUUCAUAUUUGAUUUUA